GUCGCGGUUGCUCGCAGCACUCAGCUCCGCCGUCCCGCUGAACACAGUCCGACCUGUGCAGACGUGUCGUCGUUGCCUGCGAUCGAUGCCGGCAUAAGAAGAUCCGCUGCAAGGGCCUGCCCAAUGCGCGCAACAUCUGCAACAACUGCGAUGGCAUGGGCUACGCUUGCACGUUCGACGUGUCGCCGACGCGCUCGCGCGGCAAGUACGAGAUCCUCGAGUCGCGCGCUGCCACACUGCUGUCGGCACUGCGCUCGGUCGCGCCUGAGCUCGCGGCUCAGUUCGACAACGGCAAGCUCGGUGGUCCGCCCGGCAUGCUCGUCGCCAACGAAGCGGCAAAGGCCAGCAGCUCUGCGGCCGAGGCCGAAGCCGCGCCGCCUAAGUCGCCAGAGCCGGAGUCGACUCUGCGCUCCGACGAGGGCGAAGUCAAGGAGGAGCUCCAUAAGUCGUUGAUGCUGCCGGACGUGGAGGAAGGCAGGCCGAGAUUCUUUGGCGGCAGCAGCAGCAACGCCUUCUUCCACGGUCUCGCCAGCAGGCCGCCCAGCCCUGGCGCGAUGAGCCGGCGGCGAGGCACCGAGCACGGCGCCGCAGCGACGCCGCGCGGCUCGGUCUCUGGGCCAGCUGAUGGACGCACCGCGGAUCGGGCCGGCGGCAGCUCUAGCGCAGCCGGCGCUGCGCAGGAGCACGCACAGCCGGCGUCUCACCGCGCGGUGAAGCGCUGGGCCGUGCUGCCGCGGCCUCAGACCUCCUACCCCACCAACAGCCGGCAGUGGGUGCAGAAUCUGCGGCGCAAGAACCUGUGCGGCGUCGGCCGCGACGACGAAGACUACGGCAGCGAGGCGUGGCUACGGCGCUACCUGCUACCGGAGCGCGAUUUGUUGAACUUGUUGUUCAACGUGUACUUCUCGCAGCUGCACCCUCUCAUGCCCCUGCUGCACCGCCCGUCGAUGGAGCGCGACAUCGAGCUCGGCCGCGCGGAGGACGACAUCGCUUUCCGUGGCCUCGUCUUCACGGUCCUCGCCAUUGCUUCGCGCUUCACCGACGACCGUCGUGUGCUGGCCAACCCAGACGACCCGAACAGCGCCGGCGAUCGCUUCGCGGCCGCCAGCAGACUGUACCACCAGGUCCACUCGGCCAGCCUUAUCAACGUGCAGGUGCUGCUGCUCACCUGCACGUUCUCGAGCGCAUCGCUCGGUCCAGGCGUCGGCUGGACAGUGCUGGGCGUGGCGAUUCGCGCGCUGCUCGACAUUGGCGCGCACCAGGAGCGCGCCUACGCAGGCCUGCCGCUGCUGGAGCAAGAGCUCCGGCGGCGAGCAUUCUGGGCCACGCACAGCUUAGACUGCAUCAUGGCCAUAAAUUUGGGCCGCCCGCUCGGUCUACGUCUCGGCGAGUGCCGCGUGAACAUGCCUCGCGCCAUCUCCGACGAGGCGCUGCUGCACGCCGAGGCCGGCCAGCAGGCCGUCAUCGACGAGGACGCCUCAUCUAUGCCUGUGUGCGGCUUCAUCCAUCUCGUCAAGCUCAACAUCAUCGUCUCAGACGUCGUGACGACGCUCUACGCCUCGGGACGCGAGCCCAAGUACGCCGACAUGUGUGCGCUAAGCAGCCGCCUGGACGAGUGGGAGAAGAACAUCCCAGUGACGCCACACGUGCUGCCCAACGCCCUCCUGCGCUGCGGCAUCGAGGAUGUGCGCAUGUACACCAUCAAGCCGUUCCUCUACAAGCGCGACGAGAGCGACUAUCUUCGCAAGAUGCUCAUGCCGCAGUGCGCCGUUGCCGCGCGCAAGUGUCUUAGCAAGGUCAUCGAGUUGCACGAGACGACUAAGGACUCUUCAUCCUCCAUCGCGAUCUUCGAUCAGGCGUGGGUGUCGAGCACGACGUUCCUCAUCACCAUCUGGCACGAGCUGCCGCCGGAGCGCCUGGCCGAGGAUGCGCAUCUCGUCGAGGGCACGCUGCACAUCUUUGCAAGGCAUGAUCCUCGCUUCUGGUGGGUUGCGCUCCCACUCGUCUCCUCUCUACUGCGACUCAUCAUAUGCGCGCUGCAGCUCUGCGCUCUUGCGCCGCGCACACCGCAUCCUCUGCACGCUGACCAAGCGUGCUCUGCCGCACUUCCCCGACGAGCUUCGCGAUCGCGCGGCGUCUCUGAUUGCUAGUCACGAGCGCCGGGCAGCAGCGGCUGCUGCCUCCAUGCCGCGCGCAGCGCAGACGAAGAACGGAGCAGGCGGUGCCUCGAUGCCCGAGAAUGCGCGCCAUCUGCCGGCGCCCAGCUCCG